GUCGCAACACCUUUUCCGUUUCUUUCGUGGGGGCCGCUGUAUUUUCCAAAGGAACGCGGUAAGCUAAAAGGAGGUAGCUUAGACGCAUUUCUUCACGCUUCAAAUUUGUCUUUUUUUUUCCAGCUCUCAUCAUGGACGACUUCGGACUUACGCGUGGAAAUGUCCAGAAGUACUCGCCAGGUGUACUGGUGGGGAAUUGGUACGAAGACAUGACGCUGCGCGAGGACCAGCUGAAGCUUUACCGAGGUCGCAAGAGCUCUGCGUCAGCAGCAGGCCAAGACAACGGAAAUGCGAAGGCCACCUCUGCUGCACCGCCCACGCCAGCAGAAUUGCUGCAGCAGCCCACUGAAAUCACCGCAGCGGCUGGUGACGACGUCUGCUUUGGGAUGCCGUACCUCGUUGUGAACGAGAAGACACACGCCGCGCUGGCGAUGGAUGUGUUGCCGAGCGGCAGCGCCACCUCCACCGUCCUCACCGCCUCCAGCGCCGCUUCCGUUCCUCAGGUGCGCUCAACGUGGACGCUGCUGCGGUGCAAGGACGAACACAACGUUCGAUACAACACAAACCGUCCCGACGUCCUGCACUACGGCCAGCGUGUCCGCCUCGCCAACGAGAACGGUUGUGCGGACGGCUUUGUGUACGUGCAGUCCUCCAUUCAAUCGGGCCUGCGCUCGUCGCAGACGCAGUAUGCCGUUGCUGCCCUCCACGCAACCGCCGAUAACGUAUUCGUGGUGGCACGCCCCGGUGCCGUGCGCGAGGACGUGCACAACGGUGGCGUUGUGAAGGUUGGGGAGCCGGUGGUGCUCCUGCACUCCCUCACCAACCUCCCUCUGGCGUGCAGCGGCGGUUACCUGGGCACAUCGUUCGGCAUGGAGUACACCGUCACGUGCGAGUACGUCGCCGACCACUUCUCCCGCUCCCGCAGCGCCGCAGUCACCAAGCCAGACAACCUGUUCACGUUUGGCGCGGGAGACACAGUGGUGGUUCCGAGGAAGUCGCUGACGAAGAGCGCGAUCGUCGCGGCGAACACGCUGUCCAUGACCACUGGUAGCGGCGUGACAGAGCUGCUCGAGCGCAUUCGCGAAGGGGCCCUCCAAAUCGGCGGCCGCAUCGGCUUCCGCUCCCUCUCCAUCGCCCUCGGUGUGGCGUGCAAGGAGCAGCGGGUGCGUCGCAUGCUGGAUAGCAACGGCCUACGCAGCGCCAUUGCGCGUCUCGGCGUGCGGCUUACACCGGUCGAGGCGGACGUGCUCAUGAAGCGCUUCGACGCCACCGGCAACAACGUGGUGUGUGCCCAAGAUUUGCUGUCGGAGCUGCGUGGCACGAUGCCGCAGGCGCGGCUGCGAUCUGUCAUCUACGCCUACCAGCAGUUGCUGAUCGAGGGGAGAGGCUCCGUUGAAUUUUUCGAGAUGCACCGUCUCUUCUGCCUCAACGCAGGCGCACUGCCGGAUGUGGUGGACGGACUGAUUCAGCGCGAGGAGGCCGUUUUAGACUUUGAGAACUGCUGGCCCGGGCGGGUGGGGUGCAAGAUCGGGACUGUCACGGUGGAUGAAUUCGUCGAGUACUACAACGAUAUAUCCCCUGCGGAAGACUCCGAUGAGCGCUUCUGCGAGGCGGUGGAAAAGGCGUGGGUGGUGCCGGCCACGUCGAGUUACCUGACCGCCGGCCCGCGACGGGUGAUCAGCGUUAUUCACAAGGACGAGUCCGUUGAGGAGGUGCCCAUUCCAGAUUCCUUGGUGGUGGACACACGAAACACGGAGGCGGUGCGGCGUCUGUUGGUGCAGCACGGCCUGUGUAACGUGCGGGAGUUCCGCGUAUCGGAGCGAACGUAA